CGAAGCCAGCAUCAGUCACGCUUAACUUCGCUUUCCUGCUCGACACAAGCUGCCAACAUGAAGGUCGCGAUUGUUUUCCUCGCCGUGCUGGCCUGCGCUCUGGCAAGCGAGAAGUACACGACCAAGUACGACAACGUCGAUUUGGAUCAGAUCCUGAAGAGCGACCGUCUGCUGAACAACUACGUAAACUGCCUGCUGGAUCACGGAAGUUGCACACCCGACGGCAAGGAGCUUAAAAAAUCGCUACCAGACGCCCUGGCGAACGAUUGUGACAAAUGCAGCGAGAAGCAGAAGGCGGGCAGUGAGAAGGUGAUCCGGUACCUGAUUAACGAGCGACCAGAACUCUGGGAGAGGCUGUCGAAGAAGUACGACCCGACCGGCGAGUACAAGCUGAAAUUCGACGACACGGCGGACAAGCAUGGAAUCCAACUUUAAAUAGUCUACGAUGCGAGAACUUCCUUUUUUUUUUUUAAGAACAAGUAUUUUAAGUGCAAACUCUUAACGAAAGAAAAAAAAAAAA